CUCCUUCCAACUACUGCUUGCCAAACUAGUUUGGUGCUUCCUCUUCCAACAAUGGGAAAUCUCUGUUUUCCUAUCAAAGAGCAGCUGUUGUUGGCCGAGCAGAUUCAACCCCCCUUGCCGGAGCCCCCUGCGGCCUCCUCACCGCAUAGGAAGUGCAAAGAUUUUUGCAUCAUGGUGAUGGGCUCUGCUGACGUGGGCAAGAGCACCCUGAUGAAGAGGCUGGCUCAGGACACCCUCCGAGAGGCCAGCUCCCCGACCAGCGAGGAUACCUUUGGCCGAUGGAGGGGCUGCAGACACGGCAAAGGCAUUCUGCACAUCAACGACAACACCCACAGCUGCAGCUACCGCGCCUGCGUCGCCAGGGCCCGGGCCUUCCUCGUGGUGUACUCCAUCACCAGGAAGACAUCUCUGGAGGAGACAAAGCCCGACUUAGAGCUGAUUCGCAAGAUCAAGGGCAACGACCUGCCUCAGUUUCCGAUUCUGCUCGUGGGUAACAGGAUCGACGAGAAGCCCCGAGAGGUGAGUCCACAGGAAGGUGCUGCCUUCGCGCGGGAGUGGAAUUGUGCCUUCAUGGAGAUCUCCACCAAGGAAGACAUCAACCUGAAGGAGCUGCUCCACAUUUUGCUGAGCACCAAGAAAGAGCCUGAAGACUGCGUGGAGAAGCCUGCUUCCAGCCUCCAGAAGAAGUUCACUGCCUGCCUCCAGAAGUCCACUGCCUGCCUCCAGAAGAAGUAUACUGCCUGCAUCCAGAAGUCCACCGCCUGCCUCCAGAAGAAGUAUACUGCCUGCCUCCAGAAGAAGUCCAAGGUGUCCAAGAUCGUUGAGAAGCUGCUCGGAAAAUUUGUCAACAUGUAAGUCAUCAGCCCCAGAAGCUACCUCCUAGCCUGUAGAUUGCAGCAAAUGUGGACCAGUACCAAUGUAGCGUGCCACCUGUCCUUGAUCCUGAUGCCAUGUCAGUAAACAUAUACAAGCGGAUAACUUUUGUUUAUUCCUCCCCAUCCCCCGCAAGAAAAUUCAUAUAGUUAAAAGAUGGUAUUAGAGGAAAAGGAAAAGAAAGAAACAUCAUGCAUUUAAAAAUAAGACCUUUAAUACUAAAGUUAAUAAGACAAUUUUUUUUCAAGAAUAAAGCACCAAAGUUUGAAGAUGCCACAAUCCUUCUUUGUAAAUUCCGUAUUGUUUUAUUUGUAUUUGUUUAAUUUUUUAUCAUUUAUUUAUUUAUUUAUUUGUUUAUUUACUUAUUUAUUUUAAGACAAGUUCUUAGUAUGUAACCCAGGCUCACCUUGAACUCAUGAUUCCUCUGGCUUCAAUAUCCCAAGUGCUGUGUUUACAGGUGUGCACCUCCAAGCCUGGCUUCUGUAUUUGUAACCAUUUCAAGUGCUGUAAUUGCCUAACCCUAUCUCCCAUUGUGUAUUUGAUCAUUAAGAAAUGUGUUUUCACCACAAAAGCCUUGCCAAAUUGCUGUGGGAUCAUUUACCCUUGACUGGAUAAUAAAAUAAAUAUUCUAUAGCUAUUAUGAGGUGUGUGCAGAUGCAAUUGUAAAAGUGGAACUUGCUCACUGAGAUGUGCUCGUUGUUUCCUAGCUCAUACAAACAGUUGCUGAUCUUACCCUACAGUGUUGGAAAAGUGCAACAAUUACUUGACUUAAUA